UCUAUUUCCAGGAGCACCCACAGUCUAUUUCCAGGAGCACCCACAGUCUAUUUCCAGGAGACCAGCUGCCGGUCGUCGAGAGGCCAGAGACCAACUGCGGGUGGUCGAGGGGCCAGAGACCAGCUGUGGGUGGUCGAGGGGCCAGAGACCAGCUGUGGGUGGUCGAGGGGCCAGAGACCAGCUGUGGGUGGUCGAGGGGCCAGGGACCAGCUGCGGGUGGUCGAGGGGGCCAGGGACCAGCUGCGGGUCGUCGAGGGGCCAGGGACCAGCUGUGGGUCGUCGAGGGACCACGGACCAGCUGCGGGUCGUCGAGGGGCCAGGGACCAGCUGCGGGUCGUCGAGGGACCAGGGACCAGCUGCGGGUCGUCGAGGGCCAGGGACCAGCUGCGGGUCGUCGAGGGACCAGGGACCAGCUGCUGGUCGUCGAGGGGGCCAGAGACCAGCUGCGGGUCGUCGAGGGGCCAGGGACCAGCAGCGGGUCGUCGAGGGGCCAGGGACCAGCAGAGGGUCGUCGAGGGGCCAGGGACCAGCUGCGGGUCGUCGAGGGGCCAGGGACCAGCAGCGGGUCGUCGAGGGGCCAGGGACCCGCAGCGGGUCGUCGAGAGGCCAGGGAUUAACUGUGGGAGGGGGGGUCAAGGGGCCAGGGACUCGCUGCAGGUCGUCGAGAGGCCAGGGACCAACUGUGGGGGGUCGAGGGGCCAGGGACCAGCUGCGGGUCGUCGAGAGGCCAAGGACCAACUGUGGGGGGUCGAGGGGCCAGGGACCAGCUGCGGGUGGUCGAGGGGCCAGGGACCAGCUGCGGGUGGUCGAGGGGCCAGGGACCAGCUGCGGGUCGUCGAGAGGCCAAGGACCAACUGUGGGGGGUCGAGGGGCCAGGGACCAGCUGCGGGUGGUCGAGGGGCCAGGGACCAGCUGCGGGUGGUCGAGGGGCCAGGGACCAGCUGCGGGUGGUCGAGGGGCCAGGGACCAGCAGCGGGUGGUCGAGGGGCCAGGGACCAGCUGCGGGUGGUCGAGGGGCCAGGGACCAGCAGCGGGUGGUCGAGGGGCCAGGGACCAGCUGCGGGUGGUCGAGGGGCCAGGGACCAGCUGCGGGUGGUCGAGGGGCCAGGGACCAGCAGCGGGUGGUCGAGAGACCAGGGACCAGAUGCGGGCCGUCGACAGGCUAGGGACCAGAUGCGGGCCGUCGAGGGGCCAGGGAUCCGCAGCGGGUCGUCGAGAGGCCAGGGAUUAACUGUGGGGGGGGGGGUGGUCGAGGGGCCAGGGACCAGCAGCGGGUGGUCGAGGGGCCAGGGACCAGCAGCGGGUUGUCGAGGGGCCAGGGACCAACAGCGGGUGGUCGAGGGGCCAGGGACCAGCAGCGGGUGGUCGAGGGGCCAGGGACCAGCAGCUGGUCGUCGAGGGGCCAGGGACCAGCAGCGGGUCGUCGAGGGGCCAGGGACCAGCAGCGGGUCGUCGAGGGGCCAGGGACGAGCAGCGGGUCGUCGAGGGGCCAGGGACCAGCAGCGGGUCGUCGAGGGCCCGGGGACCAGCUGCAGGCAGGGAUUAUGA